AUGAAAUACUCGUCCGUUUGGACAGCGUUCGCCCUGGCAGCAUCAGUCGUAGCAGUCCCGUCCCGGAGGACUGAUUUCAGGAUCAAGGAGUCUGUCGCGAUUCCCAGGAGAUGGGUCAAGCGAGACUCAGCACCCAGGGACUUGCACAUCAACCUGCGUUUUGCGCUGCCGCAAUCAAAUUUUCCUCUGCUUGAGCAGCUGCUCUAUGAAGUCAGCGACCCGUCUCACGAAAGCUACGGGGCACACCUUUCACAGGCGGAGGUGAACGAGCUGAUUGCCCCGCACCCAGAGAGCGUCCGGCAAGUAAAAGCUUGGCUUGCAUCGUACGGUCUCCGCGAAGAAGACAUGUCCUGCUCUCCUGCUGAAGAUUGGAUCAAGGUAAAAGUUCCCAUAGGCUUAGCAGAGGAGAUGCUCGAUACUGAAUAUCACAUGUGGGACCAUCCCGAAGGUGACUCGUUCGUUCUCGCUACAGCAUACAGCCUACCGGAGUAUCUGCACGAGCAUGUGGAGUUAGUCCAGCCUACGACGCUCUUCUCUCGUUUACGCAGUAUGAAGACCACCCUCCACUUCGCCCCGAGCGGAGCGUCUUCAGCUGCCGUCGCCAAUGCCCCUCCGAUCGCAGUUCCGUCGGCUUCGAACGGGCAAGUUGAUGCUAGCUGCAACAGCACAAUCACCAUCAGUUGUAUAAGGCAGCUCUACAACGCGGCAAACUACACACCUCUUGCCGACACAGGCAACCAAAUCGCUGUCACAGGAUACAUGGAACAGUUUGCAAGCUUCAGUGACCUGCAGACAUUCUUUGCAGAGCAGGUGCCCUCCGCAGUCAACUCGUCUUUCCAGGUUGUCUCCAUCAACGGGGGACAAAAUGACCAGAGUAUGCUGGGGAGUGGCGAGGCGAACCUUGAUACUCAGUUCGCUUUCGGCCUGGCGCACCCAAUCCCUCCCACGUUCUAUUCCACAGGGGGUAGCCCGCCGUUCAUCCCGGACGAGCUGACAGUUAACAAUACCAAUGAGCCUUACCUCGAAUGGGUGGAAUUUGUCUUGCAGCAUCCAAACCCACCAACAACGAUAAGCACGAGCUACGGAGAUGACGAGCAAUCAGUACCCACCAGCUACGCCACGCGAGUCUGCAGCCUGUUCGCUCAGCUCGGCGCCCGAGGUGUCACAUUGAUAUUCUCCUCUGGAGACUCCGGUGUCGGGGACGGUAACCCUGACCCCGCGACGCAAGAGUGCUUCGCAAACGACGGCACCAAUCAAACAAGAUUUCUACCUGCCUUCCCUGCAUCGUGUCCAUACGUCACCGCUGUCGGUGGUACCGUGCAGAUCCCCGAAGUCGCGGUUAACUUCUCUGGCGGGGGUUUUAGCAACAUCUUUUCCCAGCCGGCGUACCAAUCUCAACAAGUGGAAAAUUUUCUGAAAACUCUUCCCAACGGAACAUACGCAGGCCUGUUCAAUGCGAGUGGUCGCGCGUAUCCAGACGUUUCAGCACAGGCUGUCAACUUCAGCAUCGUGUUCGAAGGCGAACCCGCCGGUGUUAGCGGUACCUCUUGUGCUUCUCCUACCUUCGCAGGCCUCGUCGCCCUGUUGAACGACGCACGGCUUCGGAAUGGUAUGCCGUCCCUUGGAUUCCUUAAUCCGAUGCUCUAUGCCCUGAACGGUGCCGGGUUCAAUGACAUCACGAGUGGUAACAACCCUGGUUGUGGCACUCCUGGGUUUAAUGCCACGGUGGGCUGGGACCCAGUUACUGGUCUAGGUACGCCGAGCUUCGGCAAGCUGAAGGAUCUUAUCGGCAUAACGGAUUAAUGUAUGAUGCGCAUGAGAUAGCAGGACCCAACGCAGAAAUAUUACAAUAUACGGAAGUGGUGACGAGUACAUUAUUUACGCAUCCGCUUUUUGAAGCGUUCCAUCACCUAAGAGUAGUCAGAUACCACCGGCGUGUGCAAAAAGGAAGAACGACGACUUACAAUCUCGUCUGUGGCCAUUUGAGGCCUGUCAUGUGUGCGGCGAGGCUCAUGAUCUUCCGGAUUGAGUCCCAUAGCCUCGAGCUUCGCAUCGCGUAAAAUCUCAGCGUCAGACUUAGUUUUCAAGUUUGGACGAUAGACUACAUCAUAACUUUUAGUAACGAAAGCUAU